AUGGCGACCAAAGACGAGAGGGAUAGUCGGUAUCUGCAUGCUUCGUUGGAGAAUAUUACAUCUUUCGAAGUACCGAUGUGGCAGAUUGUAUCCGGCAUAUUUCCAUUAUUAGCUGGAGUAUUCUUUGCACUUGCAAGCAAUAAAGAACUUGCGAGUAACCUAAUGCUCCUUGGUAGCAUGUCGGAAGGUUUGGCCUUAUUGAAUGUCGACAAAAGUGACAUGGACAUCAUGGAUGUGAGCAAUUAUUCCCUAGUGUAUGAACAUCACCUCUAUAAUGUUCCAAUUACAACGUGGCUGUUUCAAAUCCAAGUUUGUCCUAAAAAUUCUGGGUAUGUUCGGCUCAUCAUGAGAAAACGGGGAAGGGAAAAAUAUUUUGGUUUUGGUGUGUCCGAUAUUGGGUCAUUAUUGGAAUAUGACUCGGCGUCAAAAUUUUACUAUUUAUCAAAUACGUUAAGCCAACAGGUUGCUUCGAUGAUGCAACGUGCUGACCCUUUCCCGUUCUUUCACUCAAAGGAAUCACUGAAGUUAUUUAUUACUAAUUCAGGACCGUGUACAAAUGCCAGACAGCUAUUUCAGAGCCCCUGGAAAGGUACAUUGUACGAGAUUGACUUUGUCAUAGGGAUAAAGUGUCCUGAAUGGCCGUCCGUUGCUAGCGAGUGGGGAUCACGUAAUGGGAAUAACGGUUGGCCAUCGCAAGAAUUCAUUGAACAUCAUAUUCGUAAUGGCUGUUAUGUAGUUCCAGUCGGCUGUAAAGAAUGCAAUAAAACACGUCUAGACUGGAGGAUUUCUUUUGCGCAUAUUGAACAAGCCUUAGUCCACAACAUGAAUGCAAAUCAUAUCAGUUGUUUCAUUUUGCUUCGACAGCUGAAGAAAAUAUUUUUCGAUGUCAAAAUACCAAACGUUAUCACUUCCUACAUCAUCAAGACAACACUUUUCUGGACUAUUGAGGAAACACCUCCAGAUCUUUGGCAGCCACACAAACUUCUUACGGCAGUUAAAGCGUGUUUGGACAGAUUGACCACGUUCAUACAGAAUGACUUCUGUCCACAUUACUUCAUCAAGACCUGUAACUUACUCAUCCGGAGAUAUUCUUCCGAUGAUAAGAAGAGGGUGUUGGAAACUUGUUUAGAGGCCAAGGGAAAUCCAAUGGAAUUUUUGCUGAAAACACCGUUACUUCAACGGGAAUUGCGACCAGAGAAAGCGUCCUACGAAAACACCGAUGGGUUGAUGAAAAGGAAAAAUAGAGUAGAAGGAACUGUCAUGUACGCUUGUGUACACUAUGUGUUCAGAAUGGUAGUAUCAGGCUUUAAUUCUAAACAGGAAUUAACUAAGUACUGCAGAACCGUUCAAAAACGGAUCGAUACUGUCAUCAACAAAUUUGAAUACUUCGAAAACAAGGAAAUAAUACAAAAGUGCGUCCAUGACGUCACAGAGCGAUUGCUAGAGAUUUGCAGGAAGAAAGACUCCGAUGACAAUGAUAUAGAUAUAGAGGAUUUAAAUAGUAUCGCCAACACCUGUCACUUACAAAUGGUGGCUAGGAACUACAUCAGAUGCAAUGAUUUGCUGAUGAAGUUCCUGGAGGUUCAGAAAUGUAGAGCCUAUAGAAAAAUGAUUAAUCUAGAUAUUUUUGAAUUAGCUGAUGUAUUUGUGUCAAGGCUAAUGUUUAAUGUAUUCAAAGCCUUUACUGAUGAUAAAACACCUCUCACCUCUGAUAUGAUUUUUGUGCAAAUAGAACGAGAUAGUCUUCCAACACCACUCCAGACUGAACUCAAUUCGCCUCUGAUAAGUAUAACAGAGCCUCUCAUACAAAGCCAACACAAAGGAACUGUCCUAGUCGACCCACUCGUAUACGUGUGUUUCUUACGAUUCUGGUGCAGUAUGAAGCUUGAUCGAAACAUCGAGAAGUUGAAGGCCCGUGCCGAUAUGGUGUGGUGCUGCAGUCUGGCUAACAUAUCAGAAAAAGCUGUGGCCUUAAACCUACUGGCGUACUGUCACAUCCAACUAGAGGAGUACGAAAAGGCUUUUGCAGUACUCUGUCGGGCUUUUAGAGAAAAGCCAGUGAAAUAUUCAACACUGGUUCAUAUCGCAACUUUGGUCAGUAACAGAGUAAAUCGGCCACGUGAUUGA